AAGUCUUCUUCAACGACUCACUGAGAGCUAUUCAAGUCUCUCAGAGCAGCUCUAGAUAUGUUGUGGUUAUUUCUUCUGACACUUGGAGUGGUGAUUAUAUGUAUUCGACAUCUGCUCGAAUCGUGGAACUUUCCUCCGGGGCCUCCAAGAUAUCCUAUCAUAGGUAGCUUGCUCUCUAUCGAGAAAUAUGGCAGCCACCUCAUUUUGCAAGCGACGAAACUGAUCCCACAAUUUCCCAAAAUGGUUGGCUUUUUCGCCGGGCAAAUGAGAGUGGUUAUCAUCAAUGACUUUGAUUUGGCCAAGAAAAUGGCAUUCAGUGAUACCUUUUCGGGUCGCUUGAUUGGCAUGUAUACGGAAACCAUGCGCGGUUACAAUCGAAACAUUGGAGUGAUCAGUACUCAGGGUCAAAUUUGGAGGCACAAUAGAAGAUUUUCCUUGACUACGCUCAAAGAGUUUGGUUUUGGGAAUAAGGGGAUGUGGUCAAUUAUUGCCGACGAGGCAGGCAUAAUUGUGACGGAUUUAAAAACCCAAUGGGAUGGCCAGGACCUUAUGGUGAAUCAAACCUUCAAUAUAUCGGUCUUGAACAUUCUCUUCAAGAUCGUAUCUGGCAAACGAUAUCGGCCUGAUGAUCCGGAAAUGAAGGAGCUCAUGAGAGUUUUAGCUUUGGUUUUCAAAUCGGCCUACAUCGAGGAGGUGUUUCCGAUUCUUCAGUAUACCAAAUUUACCCGUGAAUUGUAUGGGCAUUCGCAAAAACAGUUGCUGACCCAAACAUUCAAAUCCAUGUUCGAGCAAGUUAUUCAAGAACAUGAACAAAAACUGCAUACCAAGGAGUCACCCGAGGACUUCAUUGACGUCUAUCUCCAAGCCAAAGAAGGAAAUGAUCUGUUCACCAAAGAGGACCUAAUUGGCAUCUGCAUGGACUUCUUCGAGGCUGGAGGGGAAACGGUUGGAUCAACUCUUUCGUGGGUCUUCUUGUACAUGUCACUAAACCCCGAGGUUCAGGAAAAAUGUCGAAAAGAGAUACUCCAGUCUUUGGGCGUGCGGGAGCCUACAAUGGACUACAGAGGUAGCGUUCCUUACACAGAAGCUACCAUCAUGGAAAUACAAAGGUGUUCUUCAGUGGCUCCCAGUGGGUUAGAGCAUAAGGCCUUGGAGGACACCGAACUAGACGGAUACACAAUCAAGAAGGAUACUCUAUUGUUUUACAAUAUCAAUGCCUUCUUUAUGGAUCGUGAUUAUUGGGGUGAUCCGGAAGAGUUUCGCCCGGAGCGAUUUCUCAACGAUGAUGGCUCAAAAACCCUCAAGAUUGAACGGUUCAUUCCAUUUGGAUUUGGCAAACGAGUUUGCAUGGGCGAGUCCUUGGCCAAGGCAGAGCUAUUCAUCUUUACCAUCAUGAUCCUUCAGAAUCUAAGGAUCAAGAUCUCUGCCAAUCAUGCCAAACCUGAUCCUGGCCAAUAUGAGGCCGGAAUCACGCGAUCACCUUUACCUUUCCAUGUCACGUUGGAGGCGAUUUAAUAAUACACACUUUGAAUUUUGUGAA